AUGGCAAGAAUUCAAGGUUUCGAGGGAAUGCAGUAUUCCAGAGUUGGUGACGAGGACGAGCAGCAAGACUACGCGUUCUUCAACCGCCAAUAUGCCACCUCAUCUUACCAAAAGGAGCACGACAUGAACCCCAAUCUUAUCGUCCGGCCUAAACAUGACAAUGAUGUUGUCAAGGCUGUCAACUGGGCUAGGGACAACAAAGUUGCUGUGGCCGUCAAGAGCGGCGGUCACCAGUACAGCGGCGCCUCAUCCACCAGCGGUAACAACAUCCAGCUGGAUCUGUCAAACACCUACAAGGACCUCAUGAUCCUGAAGCCCAAAGAGCCGAUCGCCGAAGACCGUGCCCUUGUAUACGUGGGUGUCAGCACCACCAUGAUGGAACUCAACAACUACCUCAAGCACAACAAGCUCUUCGUUCCCACAGGACAGUGCGCAUUUGUGGGCGUGGGUGGACAUGGCCAAACUGGCGGUUACGGGCAAUUAGGCCGCAGCUUUGGUCUUUUCGGUGAUCACAUCAGGACGAUUCGCCUGGUUUGCCAUGACGGCGUCAUCCGGGACAAAACCAAGGAAAACGACCCGGAUCUAUUCUACGGUAUUCUUGGCGGCAGCCCUGGCAACUUUGGGAUAAUCACUCACUUCAUCGUCGAGGUUUACAAGGCCAAGAGCUACCUCGGAACCGUUGCUGGCCCCAACGGCUUUAAGGGACCCCACGGCAUCAAGGCACUCUGGAUAUAUACUCGAGAGGUUCUCGAGAAGCUUCUCACCGCCAUUGCUAAAAUGGCCGAUGACCCCAAUUUCCCCCGUGGCUUCGAUAUUUGCGUCAGCGUCCUAAGUACAGAGUUCCCAAUCACAGCACUGUUCAAGGAGCUAAAUGAUGCGAGCGUAUGGGAUCGCGUGCAGGAGCACAUUAGGAAGGUACUCGAGGACAAGUUCUUGAAGUUCCUAAACGGCAAGUUCCCUGCAUCUGUCAUUCUGUAUGCACAGUGGUGUCCUACGAGCAAGGAGGACAAGUACGACGCCAAGGUCGAUGCCUGGUUCAACAAUUUCCGACAACUAAAGGGGCUGUUGGAAAACGAGUCGCUUCAGUUCAAUGAGUUCGACAUGCCCAUGUCCGACAUGACAGCCCAAUGGAUCUUCCCCAAGGCCCGCGAGUUUGAUCUCCCUUACGUCAAGCGCACGUAUGCAACCAAGUCUACAACUCUUCAAAAGGACGGCUGGGUCAAGGCCGUUGUAGAUCGUAUUGAUCUCAUCUACAGCCAAGAUAAGUUCCUGGAAGGCAACCCGGGAGAGACAGACUUUGAGCGCUUUCUCAGGUGUAAGUUGGCAGUGCAAGUGCAGUGCUACGGAGGCAACAAAUCACGGUUCAACCUGAACAAGGACAACGGCACGUCGUACAGCUGGAGGGACAGCUCUGUUGUCCAGACCCUGGAUUGUUUCCAUGAACCGGACGAGAAGUCCAAGAAGUACGCCCUGGAGUGGCAGGCAAAGAACGACAGCAUUAUGAACGGACCCCAGAGCCCAUUCAGUAAGCAGGACAGAAGGGUUCUCUGGGGCUCCUGGGGAGAUUGGAACAUGGCUGAUGAGAAAGUUUGGAAGUGCUACUACGAAGACAAGGAGAAGUAUGAAAGACUGGGAAAGAUAAGAGCCAAGGCUGAUCCCGAUGGCAUAUUUACGGCAAACCCUUUUGCUGUAACAAGGGCCACUACUGUAACCCGACGAUAA